GUUUCCCACCGGAACUCGGGUUUUGCAGUACAUUGCACAAACCCCUUUAGCAGGAAACUAAUAGAAUUGAUACACCAUGGCAGAGACACACAGUUUGCAGGACUUGAGACAUCAGGCGGCCGUUAUAGCCAAAGUCUUCAUUCAGAGAGAUUACACCAAUGGGACGUUGUGUCAGUUCCAAACCAAGUUCCCUUCAGAGCUGGAGACCAAGAUUGACAAACAGCAGUUUGAAGAGACCGUGAGGACGCUAAACAACCUUUAUGCAGAAGCAGAGAAGCUGGGCAGCCAGUCGUAUGUUGAAGGGUGUCUGGCGUGUCUCACAGCUUAUACCAUCUUUCUGUGCAUGGAAACACACUACGAAAAGGUUCUAAAGAAGAUUGCAAAGUAUAUUCAGGAGCAGAAUGACAAGGUCUACGCACCGCGAGGCCUCCUCCUCACCGACCCCCUUGAACGAGGCCUGCGAGUUAUUGAGAUCACCAUCUUUGAAGACAGGAGUCUGACUCAAUAAAAGUGGAUGCUGCAGCUGUUUGGCUGAGCAGAGCCUCCGGAUAUGCAGGGGCUCAGCAGCAAAGCCUUGAGGAACUCCAGGGCCUGCGUCCUUAAUACAGUGUCUCUACAAUCUGCCCUUAUCACCACUCAUAAUGUGCAUGUCUUAUCCUUCAUGGUGACCAAAAGGGGUUUUAGUUUUUUAGCACACGAAAGCAUUUUUUUUCUCCUCCCUUUUAUUGUUGUCAUAGUUUCAAAUUGUUUAUUUAUCCAAAAGAAAUUGACAUAAAGGGUAAAUCUACCUCAUUUAAAUUUUUGGGGGGAUUCCCCCAUCUUUUUGUCUGUUGCAAAAUUAGAUUAUUUCUGUUAUUAAUAUUUUUUUUUAACGUUUAGUUUAGCUCCUCCAGACUCUUCGCAGUAAUUAAGUAGAUUAUUCAAACUCACUGUGUGCUGUCAACUGUCUUUUAAAUUAUUUUCUAUUUGCUAAGUUGAUGCUUUAAAAAAAAACUUUAACUCUUGAAAUAUACUAGUUACACAUUUUAGCAUAAAUGCAGAGCUUUACUUCCAUUCCCUCAGUGAUUAAAUAUUGUUCUUGAAUGUCAUAUUGUUAAAGUGCACGUAUUAAUCUAAGAUUCAAAGUAAUUUGCAUUUAAUAAUGUUGUACAUUUUGUGAUGUAUUGAUAAUUUAUUCAUAUCCAAUGAUAUUCUUGUAGUCUCUGGAGUUGUUAUUGCCUUUGCCUGACGUAUUUAAAGUGCUCUUGCUAGCUGACGGUGCCUAGAAUGUCCCUCUUUUAGUUUGAAGGCCUGUUCACACUACACAUAUCUUUGAAUCCACAGUUCAUUUAAACUGCAAAGAAUCUAUUCAUUUGUUGAUUUAUAAUGUCCCCAAUUGGCUUUAUUGAUGUUGGAAAGAUCUGCAAAGGGUGAGAGGUAAAAUAACUUCAUAAUGUUUGAGUUUCAUGGAACCCAGAGUUCUAACUCUGUUUUCCUUCCUGAGUAGAGAACCUGCUUUCCUCUUUUGUAGAAACGUCUACUUUCAUGGACUGUGUUUUAAGGCCACUUUGCCAUGGAGCCCAAUUCAGAAUUCAGUUUACGUUUUUUUGUCUUUUAUAUGAAAAGCUAAAAAAUAAUAAUGCAAAAAGUCUACUUUUCUUUUGGGACAGGUCACAAAUCCCAAAACGGUGUGGAUGUGAUGCAGACAAGCACAUUUUCAUACCCUUUCCUCCAAGGGAGUAUUCUUGUCGAGGUUGGGUUUGCAUUUUUAACAGAAUGUUGAUCAAUUAUCAUGAUAUUUGGUAGUUUGACAAAUACUACACUGUUUCUGCUGAAAUAAAGUGCAGUUUUUCAGAAAAACUCAGUGAAAAAACCCUUCAGGACACAGAUUGUCACAUAAAGCACAAAUAAGCUUAAAGUUAUAGUCCUGUAACACGAGUUGUCAUAGAGAACGCAACCUGUUUCUAAAUUGUGUUUAAAUGUGUCUUUAUUGAAAAAAAUAUUCCCACUUGUUUACCCACUCCCUGGUAUGAUGGGAGGUGUUUUCAUCAGCUAAAAUUGGAACAAAUACUCUGCUUUUUUUCAUAAUGACAUACUCUCUUGUCUUGCUCCAUUUCAGUGUAGUUUGGCAUCCAUCAAAUCUGUCUCCUGUAUGCAGCUCGUUCAAAACGCUGCCAAUGACUCCUCGCUGCUUCUACCAAGUGAGAUCCAAAUCCAAUUCAAGGAUAUUAAACACAAUUCAGUCAGCUAUCUUUAAGCCUAUAUCAAAUAAAUUCACCAUUACAUUUAUUUAGUUAAAUCAUUCUUUUAAACCCUAAAUGGUAGAGAUUCAGCAUCUAUUACAGGGAUUUUAACAGCACACUCUUCUGUACUGCAUCCUGCGCUCUGACCAAGCUGCUCCUUUAACUAACAUCUUACAUUUGUAUUUUAUUGACCUACUUUGUUUUAUUCCGUUGUGUCUUGUCUUGUGUUUAUUUUAAAAAGUACUUAAGUCAGAAUCUGUAAAUGUUUGAAAUAAAUUUGGACUAAACUGCAACAUUGAUUGAAAA